AUGGCCAAACUCUCCGACUACAAAGUCCUCACCUUUGACUGCUACGGCACUAUCAUAGACUGGGAAACCGGUGUUCUUAAAGCCCUCCAGCCGCUUCUAGAAGUCAACAAUGCCACAUUCUCUCGACAAGAGCUGCUCAAAGUGUACUCGGAAUGCGAAGCCGCCCAGCAAGCAAAGACUCCAGACCUUGCUUACCACAAGCUUGUAACCACAAUCCACCCGCAAGUCGCUGCAAAGCUCGGCCUCAAAGAGCCCAGUGCCGAGGACAACGACUCAUUUGGUGCCUCUGUUGGCCAAUGGCCUGCAUUUCCUGAUUCGGUAGAUGCACUCCGCCGUCUUUCGAAACACUACAAACUCGUCAUAUUAUCCAACGUGGACCGUGAGUCGUUUGCAAAGACCAAUGCUGGGCCUCUGCAGGGUCUACCCUUUGAUCUGAUCAUCACAGCCCAAGAUGUUGGUAGCUACAAGCCAGAUCUGCGUAAUUUUGAGUACAUGGUCGGCAAAGUAAGAGACAAGUUUGGCGUGGGGAAGGAUCAUAUUAUUCAGACCGCACAAAGUCAGUUCCACGAUCAUCAUCCCGCAAAGAAGAUGGGUAUCAAGUCGAGUUGGAUUGUACGCCCAGGAGCAUUGAUGGGUAAUAGAGCAGAGGAGAUUUACGAUUGGAAAUUUGACACUUUGGGAGAUAUGGCGGAUACAGUUGAAGCAAAUUCUGGGGAUAGAUGA